AUGAUGAGUAAACUGGACUUCCCACUUUCUGGAUCUUCAGUUAACAUCGUGAAACAAUGUGGCGGCGCUCUGAGUGACAUCAUUAACAUCAAAUUUGGAUGUGUGGCCACCUUCGAUGGUGUGGAUUUCGAGACUGGUGCCAGCUCUGCUCCGUGGAGAAAACCACCCAUUAACCCAGAGAAAAGAUGUGAAUUCACGCUGCAUGGAGGAGUUAAGGUAUCUGUGUGGAAGGGUGAUCUUACUAAUUUCCAAGCAGACGCUGUUGUGAAUGCUGCUAAUGAACGUCUCCAGCACCAUGGAGGCCUCGCUCAGGCCCUGUCUGCUGCUGGCGGUCCGCAGAUCCAACGAGAAUGCGAUGACUUUAUCAGAAAGUCUGGCUUGUUGAACACAGGAGAUGCAGUUGUCUCCGGUGCAGGGAAUCUACAAUGUAAGUUUAUAAUUCACGCUGUGGGUCCAGAUCUACCAAUGCAUCCUCAUCCCAAUGACGUACAAAGAGCAAGACCACUGUUGGCGAAAGCCAUCUAUAGCAUUUUCGAUUCAGCAGAAGCCUAUAAGGCGGCAAAUGUUGCCAUUCCUGCAAUAAGCUCUGGAUUGUUCCACUACCCCAUGCCAGACUGUGCAGACACCAUUGUGUCGACGGUGAAACACAUCUAUGAAAACAAUUCCCCUCAAAGAAAUCUUCCUAGAGAGGUUUUGUUUGUGAACAAUGAUGAGCCUACGGUCAGGGAAAUGGUGCAGGCGUGCCAUCAGAUACUCUCCCCUCACCGGAGCAAGACGUACAGCCAGGCAGCGUCGGGCUACACCUGGGCAGCCUCCAACCCUCCUUCACCUGUCCGAAUGCAGUUUGGAAGCGUUCUUCUGACUCUGAAGACAGAUAGAAUCGAAGAACAAAACACGGACGUCAUUGUAAACACGGCUUCGUCACACGGAGACCUGAACGUUGGCCAAAUUUCCACCGCUAUACUGCACAAAGCAGGGCAUAAAAUGCAGGAUGAAGUCAGAAACGCAAAGAAGAAGGAUAGCUACCAGCGUAUAAUCUGCACCAAACCAUACAAGCUACGAUGCAAAGAGGUGUUUCACACUUUUUGUACGGAUAAGUGGGCCGAUCCAGCUGCACCUUCGGUGCUUUUCAACUCUGUGCUGGAAUGCUUAUGGUCAGCAGCAGCGAGGAAUCACAAAUCCAUUUCCUUCCCUGCUAUCGGCACCGGCGCGCUGGGCUUCAGUAAAACAGAAUCAGCUGGUAUCAUGUUGAACGCUGUGGCUGAUUUUACUCAAAAGUAUCCACAGGAGCUGGAAGUUUUCUUCGUCAUAUUUCCGUCUGACCACGAAACGUUUCAGGCUUUUCAAAGUCAAAUGGCGUUUUACCAGCACCCCAACUUCACACCUGCUAAUGAUUUCCAGGCUGCUGGAGGUCAAAUGGGAUCUUGGCAGCAAACAUCUCGUCAUAACUCUGCACCUGCAGCUGUCGAGGCUCCUGUGAACAGAACGUCGAAGCCACAGAUCAGCCUGCGUGGCCCGUCUGAAGCAUCGACACGUGAGGCUGACAAGUGGCUCAGCGUCCUUCUUAACGAGCCCCGUCUCCCGAUCCAAAUCGUCAACAACUUCCUCCUGCACUUCACCGAGCAAGACCACCUGACGCUGUCCCCCUUCCAUCAAAAAGGGGUGGACGUCGAGGAGUUCGUCGCCCAAGGUCACGCCUGUUUAACACUAGGCGGUAAAUCAAAGGAAGAUGCUGUUGUUGCUGCGUUGAAGGUGGAGGAAAUGCUCUGCAAAGUCCAAAAAGAGUUCGUUCUAGAGGAAAAACAUCUGUUGAAGCAACUGUCAGACGUGGAAGUGUCUUCUGAAAGACAGCCCGUUGACCUGUUCGACCCAAAGUUUACAGAACGAAAACGGGCCUUCAAACAUCAGGGACUGUGGGUAGAAGAGGUGGACAGAGUGAGCAAUCCUUCACUGCAGGUUCUGUUCGACAUGAAAAAACAACAACUCGGCUGCUCCACUUCUCAGAGAAUGUUUCAACGCAUACCCGCGCAGUUCUGUGACAUGGUCAGCCAUGUUGGAUUCCACGCGCAGUGCGCACCUCCCGAAGAUCCAAAGUAUGGACAGGGCAUCUAUUUUGCUGGCACAGUAAAGAAGGCCUUGGAGCUUUGGAAGGAGAACCACGAAGAGUUCCUGUACUUUGUGGAGGCAGAGGUGCUGACAGGAAAAUCAGUUUUGGGGCAACCAGGACUCAUCCUGCCUCCUCCCACUGGACAGGAUCCCAAUGAUACCUAUGAUAGUGUGGAUGGAGGACCUGAUGUCUCUGUUAUUUUUAGUGGUUAUCAGGCUGUACCCAAGUACAUUUUUAUCUGUAAGAAGACAACUUUAGUGUAA